AAAACAAGAUUCAACAAACAUACUGUUGGUAUAUAGUCUAGGUUGCCUCUUACUUGAAGAUUGGAGAUCUUGAGUUCAUUACAGUUGUUUAAGAGUAGAUAAACUUAAGUAAUAUAACUAAUAAAUAGUACUAGCUGCUGUAAGUUAAGUGUACGUUGUCAAAAAUACUUUAUAAUGGAAACUUUUUGUGGUUCAUCAUUUUGGGAUCUGAAAGAGAUCUGGUACUCUAAUACACCAGAUUUUACAUCAUGCUUUCAAAACAGUGUGUUAGUAUGGAUACCAUGUGGCUUUUUGUGGCUGCUUUCUCCAUUAGAGGCACAUUUUUUAAAGAAAAGUCAUCACACACCCUUGCCAUGGUCACUGCUAAAUCUCACCAAAAUAGUAAUUCUGGUCAUUUUGUUCUGCCUUUCUAUGGCAGAACUUGUUCAGAGUAUGCAAGCUUAUUCUUCAGGGUGGGAAGUGUUUCCAGUAGACUACUACUCACCGUUAGUAAAGGCUUUAACAUUGAUGCUGGCAUUGGUGUUAAUCUUAGUAGGGAAGAAACGGGGUAUGCAAACAUCAGGAGUUCUUUUUGUUUUCUGGCUCCUGUUGACUUUAUGUGGUGCAAUAACAUACAGAUCAGUGCUUAUGGACACUUUAAAUCAAGAUUCCCAUUACCACAAAUCAAUAAGUAAAAACAAGUUUGUUAUUACAAUGAUCUGUUUCCCCCUGGUGGUGGCUUUGUUACUUUUGUCUUGUUUUUCUGACACUAGACCAAGUUCUACCAGACCAGAAAAGCAAAUUGAAUGUCCUGAAGAAAAAGCAUCGUUUCUAUCAAAGAUUACAUUCUGGUGGUUCACUGGUACGGCCAUAUUAGGAUAUCAAAAACCAUUAGUUAUGGAAGACAUGUGGAAACUCAGUACUAAAAAUACUACAUCGGGAAUAUUGUUAAAGUUCGAUAAAUAUUGGAUACCAGCUCUGAAGAAACUUGUAUGUAAAAACAAGAUGCUGCAGUCAACAAAAGAUAAUGAUACCAAGAAGGUUGCAGAUAUAGGUCACAUCAACAUUCUGUGGCCUAUUUUGAAGACUUUUCCAGUGGAGUUCUUUGUUUCUGGACUCAUGAAACUGGUAGCAAGUUUAAUUGCAUUUGCCAAUCCACAGAUUUUAGCUUUGGUGAUUGCGUACAUAAGUGGAGAUGAGCCUUACUGGAGAGGAUUUUUCUAUGCUUCACUGAUGUUUCUUGCCUCUAUGAUUGAAUCAUUGUUUAAUAGCCAGUAUGAAUACUUGAUAUACUGUAUAGCAAUGAGAAUUCGGUCAUGUGUGACCUCAGCCUUAUAUCGUAAGUCACUACAGUUGUCGAACUCUGCUAGAAAGAGAUUCACUGUGGGAGAGAUCGUGAACCUAAUGGCUGUGGACACACAGAGGGUGAUGGAGUUUGUUCAAAUUAUCAAUGUAAUAUGGUAUGCCCCACUUCAAAUUGGUAUCUGUCUUUGGUUGCUAUGGCAACAGCUUGGUGUAUCAACGCUCGGAGGUUUUGGUAUAAUGAUUCUCUUGUUUCCUGUGAAUGGGUUUAUCACAGCAAAGCUGAGGAAUUUACAGGUUCGUCUGAUGAAAGAAAAAGACAUACGCAUCAAGCUAAUGAACGAAAUUCUUAAUGGGAUAAAAGUCCUAAAACUUUAUGCUUGGGAAAAAUCAUUCCAGAAACAAGCGAAAGAUAUCAGGGCAAGAGAAAUAGAUGUUUUAACAACACAGUCUUACUAUUCAGGGGCUAUUUAUGUUGCUUUCACAUGUGCUCCAUUUUUGGUAGCUUUAGCCAGUUUUACUAUGUACGUCCUCAUUGACCCAAGCAAUGUCUUGGAUGCCAGCACUGCAUUUGUUUCCCUCUCUCUGUUCAACAUCCUACAAGCUCCGUUGGUAUUUUUGCCCAUGCUACUAACUUAUACCGCUAUGUUUUUGGUAUCCUUGAACCGUAUUAACACAUUUCUGGGGAGCGAUGAGAUCAAUCCUGAUGCAUUAUCUCAUGAUGACAGUGAAGAAGACUCAUUAGUGAUGGAAAAUGCUUCAUUUGCUUGGUCCACGAAUGAAAAUCCAACCUUGAAGAAUAUUUCUCUGAGAAUUAAGCCAGGAUCUUUGGUUGCAGUUGUAGGUCAGGUUGGUGCUGGUAAAUCUUCACUUUUAUCAGCCUUCCUUGGUGACAUGGAGAAACUACAGGGAUAUGUUAACAUUAAAGGUUCUGUAGCCUAUGUUCCACAGCAAGCCUGGAUUCAGAAUGAAUCUAUCAGAAACAAUGUUCUAUUUGGUCAAAAAUAUGUAGAAGAGAAGUAUAAUAAAAUUUUAGAUUCAACUUGUCUGAAACCAGACUUGGAAAUUCUUCCUGGUGGCGAUAAUACCGAAGUAGGAGAAAAGGGUAUCAACGUUAGUGGAGGUCAGAAACAGAGAAUAUCACUAGCACGGGCAGUAUAUAAUGAUGCUGAUGUGUACUUGUUGGAUGAUCCCCUCAGUGCUGUUGACUCCCAUGUUGGUAAACACAUAUUUGACAAUAUUCUGGGACCUAAAGGAUUACUCAAAGGAAAGACUGUUGUGUUGAUAACACACAAAAUUUCCAUCUUGCCACAAGUGGAUACCAUUUUAGUAGUGAAGGAUGGUUGUCUCACAGAGUCUGGUUCGUACAGUGAACUUCUAAGCAGAAAGGGAGCCUUUGCUGAUUUCCUGAUACAAUAUUUGUCUGAGGAGGUAGAGGAGGCUGAAACUGUUGACCCUGAAGAGAUUGAAUUAAUUGAGAAUGUUGUUGCAAGUGUGGGUCCACAUCCAGAGCUGGAAAGACAUUUGUCACGACUUAGCGGCAAUGAAAGUGAAGGAGGACAGCGGUCAGAAUCAGAAAAAUUGACUCGUGUAUUAUCCACCUUUUCAUCUAAAGAUGGGCUAAGGAAACGAAUUAAAUCUGGAAGUUCCCAGGUAGAACAAGUGAAAAAAGACAAGCUAAGCUCUGCACCUAACUCCAAACUUAUAGAUGCAGAGUUUACAGAAGUUGGGUCGGUUAAAUGGUCGGUGUAUCUUGCCUAUAUUAAAGCUAUUGGUGUAUGGGGGAUUGUCAUCACAUUUAUUUCGUACAUAGUAUCUCAUGCCUUCAGUCUUGGUGCCAAUAUCUGGCUUAGUGAAUGGAGUAAUGAUGCUGAAAACCCUGAGAAAGCUUUAGAUAUACAUCUUCGAAACUUGCGACUUGGAGUGUAUAGUGCUUUAGGUAGCUGUGAAGCUAUCUUUGUUCUGAUUGCAACAAUUAUGUUGAACCUGGCAACACUCUGGGGUUCCAAAAUUCUACAUGACAAUAUGUUAGAACAUAUUAUGAAAUGUCCUAUGUCAUUUUUUGAUACCACUCCAAUGGGAAGAAUUCUGAACCGGUUUUCCAAAGAUGUAGAUACAACAGACAUUGUUAUUCGCUCUAGUAUUCGUCUCUUUCUCCUUCAGUGCUUUCGUUCUACAGUUGCUUUUAUCGGUAUAUGUUUAGAAACACCAAUUUUUCUUGCUGUGCUUCUGCCUUUGGGUGUUUGCUAUACUUUACUUCAGAGAUUCUACAUUAAUACUUCACGCCAACUUAAAAGGUUGGAGUCCAUCACCCGUUCACCAAUUUACACCCACUUCUCAGAAACUGUUACUGGAACAACCUCCAUACGAGCUUUUGGAGCCACUGAACGCUUCAUUUUAGAAUCAAAUAACAGAGUUGACUUCAAUCAUUCCAGUUAUUUACCUAGUAUUGCUGCAAACAGAUGGUUAGCCAUUCGUCUGGAAUUCCUAGGUUACUGCAUUGUGUUUUUUUCUGCCUUAUUUGCAGUUCUCACAAAAGGUACAAUAAGUCCCGGGCUUGCAGGCAUGUCUAUCAGCUAUGCUUUAACAGUGACUGCCAACUUGAACUUGCUCGUACUAGCCAGUUCUAAUGUAGAAACCAAUAUUGUGUCUGUGGAAAGGUGUUUGGAGUAUACAGUAACUCCUACAGAGGCUGCUUGGCAUUGUGAGUCCAAUAAACCAAACAAGUCAUGGCCAGAUUCUGGCAAUGUUGUAUUUGAUGACUACACCACACGAUAUCGAGAGGGUUUGGAUCUGGUGUUGCGGGGCAUUUCCUGUAACAUUAAUGCUGGAGAAAUGGUUGGAAUUGUAGGACGAACAGGUGCAGGAAAAUCAUCCCUCACUUUGUCGCUCUUCCGUAUCAUUGAAGCUGCAGGAGGAUGCAUCACCAUAGAUGGAAUAGACAUUGCUAAAAUUGGUCUACAUGACCUAAGAUCAAAGUUAACCAUUAUUCCUCAGGACCCCGUGUUGUUUACUGGCACGCUGAGGAUGAACUUGGACCCCUUCAGCCAAUAUGAUGAUGAUGCUAUUUGGAAAUCCAUAGAGCUUGCCCAUUUGAAAAACUUUGUGUCUGGUUUGGAUGCUGGUCUUGAUCAUGAGGUAUCUGAAGGAGGAGAAAACAUCAGUGCAGGACAGAGACAAUUGGUUUGUUUAGCAAGAGCUCUAUUAAGAAAAUCAAAGAUUCUAGUGUUGGAUGAGGCCACUGCUGCUGUUGAUCUUGAAACAGAUGACUUGAUCCAGGCUACCAUUAGGAAAGAGUUCAGUAAUUGCACCGUAUUAACCAUUGCUCAUCGACUCAACACUGUCAUGGAUUACAACAAAAUUAUGGUAUUAGACAAAGGCAAGGUUGUUGAGUACGACUCACCAAACAGUCUAUUAAAAGAUGAAAAAAGCAUCUUCCAUUCAAUGGCGAAGGAUGCAGGACUCCUGUAGAAAGAAAGGAAACAUUAGGAACUUCUAUCUGUUCGAACUGUGAAUAUUUUGGCAUAUAUUUAAAUGUUUUUGAAAAACGAAUUUUAUUUUGUUUGUAGACAUUAUACUGUAUGUCUAAAGAAUUAAAUAUAUGCAAUAUUUA